CUCGACGUCACGUCAAACAUAAAACCACAGCGCUCUCCGCUGUGCCACGAAAGUCGUCAAUUCCCAAUCUUGUGUGCCAGUAAUAGUCAUGGGUCGGAGGAGCAACAUUGGUGUUCUAUUGGCUUUUUCCUUGAUAGUCAAUGCCUUUUGUCUUCCAACAAGUGGUUUUAGAAUAAAAAGACAGUCAACAGAUUCUUCAGAUUCAACAAAUACCGAUUCUUCCGUAACUAGUACAGACGAUAAAGACGACUUUGAUAAUGAAGACAGCUUCCCCUCAUACCCAGAAAACGAUACAUCGGGCGGCGGUGGUAGCAAUUUGUUCAGCCUGUUAAAUUUAGUAACUGCUUUUCUUCCAGGAUCAAGCAGUUCCAAUUUUUUGAGAGAAAUCGUUAGACUCAAUAAACCUAAGAUUAUAAUUCGAAGAGAAGCAAUUUUUAAUAAUGAAAUUACUACAGAUUAUUUAGCUGACUUAAAGCCACCUCCUUUUUUACGACAAGAUAAUAAAAAUAACAUUGAAAUCGAAAGUGAUUCAAAUGAAUCAAAUGAAGAUAAUUCAACUGGAGAAAGUUUAGAAAACGAAGAGGAUACAAACAAAUCGAAUGAAAAUUCUGUUGAAAUCGAUGAGGACAAUGAUGACGACGAUGAUUACGACGAACCACCUGGAGGAGGAGAUGGUGAGGGUGGUGGACUUUUGGGUCUUCUUGCAGGUCUAAGUGGUGGCGAGGACGGACAAUCUGAUUUAGGGUCAUUACUCGCAACAGUAAGCGGAAUUAUUGCAAAUCUGAGCGGUGAUGGUAUUGAUCUUAACGCGCUGAUUGCAUCUGGAAUUGGUCUUUUUGUUGGAUUAUUGUCUGAAGGUGAGGAAAAUCCGGGAGAGAUAUUAGCAAGCUAUCUUUUAACAUCAUUAGAUACAAUUACUGGUGGUGGUGCGAACAACAACGGUGCCUUUUUUGGAAAAUUCUUGAGCAAAUUAGUAAAAGGCACGAGUGCCGGCGGUGAUCCUGAUGCGGAUUCAGACGAAAAUAAUAUGGAAACUAAAGAUUCAGCUGGAUUUUUCAUGAGCUUCCUCAUGGGUCUUCUAGGAGACAUGUCAAAAAGCAGUUCAGGAUCCCAUCCCAUGAGGCGAAAUUUGGAGAACAUACCAGACUUAUUGUACUGGAGGAUGUAG